AUGGACUGCGUCGUCACGGGAGGAAACGUCAAAGUGUUGGCCAAAGCUGUGCAGUCCUUGUCCCGUAUCGGAGAUGAGCUGUACGUGGAACCUCAGGAGGAUGGGCUCGCCCUGCGGUCUGUCAACUCGUCUCGAUCUGCCUACGCAUGUUUCCUGUUUGCACCACUCUUCUUUAGCAGGUACACAACAGACAGUGGCCAUUGCUUUCGCUGCAAGAUGGCUAUAAAGAGUGUGCAAGCAGUGUUCAGAUCUUUAGCAACUUUGGAAAAAAAUGUGGAGAGGUGUCACGUGAAGCUGGACGAGCAGAAGAGUCGCCUCACAUUCACUCUGCACUGCAAGCACGGCCUACUGAAGACACAUAACCUGUCUUUCCAGGACAGUGAAAGUUUGCAAGCAGUAUUUGAUAAAGACGCCUCUGCCAAUAUAUUCAAAGCCCAGCCCAGGUUGCUGGUGGAUACAGUGGUUCACUUUCCUCCGUCUCUUGAAGAAGUGACUCUGACAGUGAGUGAAGACCGAAUGUGGUUCAAGAAUCACGUGGAGGAAGACGCAGAGCCUUCGAAGUCCAUGCUUACAGAGCUGUGUCUGUCAUCUGAUGAAUUUGACCAUUUUUCUGUACAAUCUAAAAACAGCAUCACGUUCUGCCUAAAGGAGCUUCGAGGUUUGUUAUUAUUUGCUGAAUCCAUUGGUCUGCCUAUUUCCAUACACUUCGAUGAGCCAGGCUGUCCUGUUGUGCUUUCAGUGACCGAUACUGUUCUGGAAGGAAACUUUGUGUUGGCCACUCUUUCAGAUGAUAAUAAUCUUCACAAAAACAACUCAAGUCAACCUCCUCCACCUCCACCCGAUGACUUUAUGAACGAUGACAUGGACUCUUACCUCAUCGCCAUGGACACCAGUGUUGUACCAGGUCCGUCAUCCAGACCUGAACCUUCACGACUCGCUGCAGAGAAUCACAGGACGCAUGACAGUGAUGAGGAAGAUGGAAGCGAGCACAUGGACGGGCCACCCAAUAAGAAGUUUUGUUCUCUUUUCUUUGGAUCGGUGCUUCCGCCGCCUUCUCAGAUGUCCACUCAGCCAAUCACGACUCAGGAGGUUUUAGCCAGUGACAGCGAAGAUGAAACUCAGCUGGAGUGA